AUGGUGCGCAUAUUUGAGAGUGGCAGAAGGAAAAUGAGUAAUACCCGAAGAAGAUGUAGAAGCUAUGACACUAUGAUCCGUGAUAGUAGCACGAGUCCUUUGCUACUUGCUCUAAACCCUAUUCACAAGAAGGUCCCUGUUCUUGUCCACAAUGGUAAAACCAUUCUGGAGUCUCAAGUGAUUCUUGAAUACAUCGAUGAGACUUGGAAGCAUAAUCCACUUCUCCCUCAGGAUCCUUACGAGAGAUCUAAGGCUCGGUUCUUGGCUAAACUCGUCGAUGAGCAGAUUAUAACUGCAGGGUUUGUAUCAAUGGCAAGAGCAGAUGAGAAAGGAAGAGAAGUUCUUGCCGAGCAGACAAGAGAACUGAUUAUGAAUCUUGAGAAGGAACUUGUCGGAAAAGAUUUCUUUGGUGGUAAGACUGUCGGAUUCUUGGACUUAGUCGCCGGAAGUGUGAUCCCGUUUUGUUUGGAGAGAGGUUGGGAAGGAAUUGGGCUGGAAGUGAUCUCAGAGGAGAAGUUUCCAGAGUACAAGAGAUGGGUGAAGAAUCUUGAGAAGGUUGAUUUUGUCAAGGAUUGUAUUCCUCCUAAAGAGAAACAUGUUGAACACAUGAAUCACAUGGGACAGAUAAUCAGAUCAGCUUAAACGUAUUAAGAGUUAAGACAAGAAUCAUCUUUAGUGCUUUGUUCCAACGUCUUAAGUUUCUAAUGCUUGUAAGCUUGUUUUAUGUUGUCUAAAAUAAAAGUUGGCUUGUUA